AUGCUCGUCUUUGGCUACCUCGGCCCCAUCAUCCGGCGCAAGUGCCCCGAGGGCUUCGUCCUCACCGAGUGGACGCGCCAGCGCUACGGCACCGCCGGCAUGCUCUUCCUCAGCUUCCUCACGCUCGUCACCCUCUUCCUCUACAUGGUCGCCGAGCUGUCCGCCAUCGGGCAGGUCGUCAGCACGCUCACGGGGCUCGACGGCCUGCCCGUCGUCAUCGUGCAGUGCGUCGUCACGACCAUCUACACAUCGCUCGGCGGCUUCAAGAUUUCCUUCCUCACCGACGUCAUCCAGGGCGGCAUGGUCGUCGGCCUCAUCAUCAUCGCCACCAUCACCAUUGGCGUCAAGACGGAAAUCAAGACGGAGCUCAUCGACUCGUCGGGCCUCACCAAAGCCAACCUCCUCGGCUGGCAGCUGCUCUACAUCCUGCCCGUCGCCGUCCUCACCAACGACUUCUUCCUGUCCAACUUUUGGCUCCGCACCUUCUCCUCCAAGACGGACAAGGACCUCCGCGUCGGCGUCACCAUGGCCAUGGUCGUCAUCCUCUGCGUCCUCACCCUCGUCGGCUGCACGGGCCUCAUCGCCGCCUGGUCGGGCGCCUGGCCCGGCGACCCGCCGCAGGCCGGCUCCCUCGCCUUCUUCGCGCUGCUCGAGCAGCUGCCCAGCUGGGUCGUCGGCAUCGUGCUCGUCAUGGUCGUCAGCCUGAGCACCGCCGCCUUUGACUCGCUGCAGUCGGCCAUGGUCUCGUCGGCCUCCAACGAUCUCUUCCGCAACCGGCUCAACAUCUGGUACAUCCGCGUCUUUGUCGUUCUCGUCAUCGUCCCCGUCGUCGUCCUCGCGCUCAAGGCGCCCUCGGUCCUGCAAAUCUUCCUCAUCUCCGACCUCGUCUCGUCGGCCGCCGUGCCCGUGCUCUGCCUCGGCCUGGUCCCGCAGUUUUGGUUCUGGCGCGGCUUCGAGUUCGUCGUCGGCACCCUCGGCGGCAUCCUGACCGUCUUCAUCUUUGGCGCCUGCUACUACGGCGACGCGCACCGCGGCGCCCGCCUCAUCCUGCUCGAGGAGGGCCUGUACGCCCAGGACUGGUCCGUCUUUGGCGCUUUCGUCGCUGCGCCUGUCGGCGGUCUGAUCUGGGGCUUCAUCGCGCUGGCAUGCCGCGUGGGCUUCCAGUUUGCCAAGGCCAGGAUCACGGGCGGUCGCUUUGACGCUCUGGACAGGCCACUGGAUCACGUCCGUCCUCUGAGCAGCGACGGCGAGGUUGUCGAGGAGACGAUCUCGACCGACGCUGGCAAAUUUUUCUAG